UGUUCUCGCAGCUCGUGGGCCUCUUAUCCCCGAAGAAGGAAGACAAACAACAACAAGAAUAACGAUGUUUUACCGAUGAACUCUCACCUUGGGCUGCUUUCAAGGGUGGAUGUGUGCGUGGGUCUCUCCCUCUGGAUGUGUCCGCUUGCCUUCUUAAAAAGUUGUCUUUCUCUCCUCUUGUUUGGAGUACUAUUCCAUGCAGCGACGGACUCGGAGACUUGCAGACUAACCAACUUACAAUGACUCUGGCGUCGGAAAUGACUGAGAGGUCGUUCGGUUUGCAAGAGACAGACGUCGACGUUGUGGGAGACGAGAGCCAGGAAUGUGCCGGGGACAGGGACUCAGAGAGCGGUCGGACCGUCUCCACGGCAGCCGCGGGUGUGCAGGAGGUGAAGCCUCCGAGCAGGAACGCGCUGGUGAAACCUCCCUACUCCUACAUCGCUCUCAUCACAAUGGCGAUCCUACAGAGCCCCAAGAAGCGACUGACCCUCAGCGAGAUCUGCGACUUUAUCAGCAACAGGUUUCCCUACUACAGAGACAAAUUCCCGGCAUGGCAGAACUCCAUCCGGCACAACCUCUCCCUUAACGACUGCUUCGUCAAGAUGCCCCGAGAGCCGGGCAACCCGGGCAAGGGCAAUUACUGGACCCUGGACCCCAACUCGGCCGACAUGUUUGACAACGGGAGUUUCCUGAGGAGGAGGAAGAGAUUUAAGAGGCAACAGCAGAACGGGUUACUGAGGGAGUACAGCGGACGCUUCCCCGGAUUCGGUUACGGACCUUACGGUUACGGCCUCCAGAUUCCCAACCCCGCACUGGCCUUUCAUCACCAUUACUCCAUCCCUAAUCCUGCCGGCAUCUUCCCCUCGCUCUCCACCCUUAUCCAAGGGAGUGAGCUGACCAGGAAACCCCUACCGCCACCCCUGAGCCCCACCUCGCCAGCUCAUCCGACUGUCAAGGUGGAAGCGUCCCCUCCGUUCUCCACCUUUUCAAUAGAUAGCAUCAUGAGUCCCGCUUCUCCUCCUCUCUAUCCAAGGACGGGGCAGGCUCCCGUCUUGCCUGUGCUCUCCGCUCUCUUCUCCCCCUCGCACAGCUUGUUAAACAUAAGUUAUGACCGCCUGCAACAGGAAGCGAACUUUGCAAACAAGAUAAUCCAUCUCAGCCACAGUCAUUAUUGAAGAAGUCCUGACCGUUCAGAAGAAGAGAACAAUCGAGGCUGAACCCCCAGCCCUCUCUGAUAUCGUCAAAGGAUUUUGUUUUGGGAAGCCAUUCAAGGAUACAAAGUAAAUGAUUUGAUCUCGAGUCAUUAAUCAGCCGAAUAUUAAUCUGUGUAAAUAUUGUAACGGAAACGACAAUGGAGCCGAGUUUAAUUAUGGUUGAUGUUGAAGCAGUUCCAGACGUACUGUUCGGUAUAAAUUAUUUUUAUUUCUUCGCGGUAUUUACAUAGUCUUACACGCCUUUUCGACCCAUUAAAAUGUAUCAAUAUGAAAUAGCUUACGUUCAGUAUUUAUUGUAUCUAGUUUAUUAAAGCAAAUAUUUUAUAAGGUCUGCCACCCGAACUGCGUGUGGUACAC